CCAGGUACAGCAAAGCGAUCAAUCAAUCCACUUUUUCCUAUCUUCCACGCACAUGAGCUGAGCAGCACCAUUGCCCUGGCAGCUUCAUCAACAAACAAUACUUUGUACACUAUGUAAAACUAGUAAUGUACGCACUGCCAGUGAUCAAGCAGAACCUCAUCGCCCAGACCCCGAGAACCAACCAGUCGGGGUCGUCCCCCGCAGCUGGCCCCUCCGCCGCGGAGCCGCUAAGCUAGCCGCACUCCACCAAAAUCAAUCAAUGGUCUGUUCCCACCAGACAUUGGGUUUGGCGCCGGCCGAUCGAGAUAUGCAACUCUCGAAAAUCGCAGACGGCGAGACUGCACUUGUACCACGCUAAAUAAUGGAACGACACUAGCGAGUCGCCGACCUGGCCAGGCGCUCGAUUUGUUGCUGCCGGCAGUUCGCGAACACUUCCCAUCUUGAGGAAAGGUUCCGCAACCCCCUCGUGCGGUUACACAACGAGCUCGCCGUGAAUGCUCCGGGCAUCCUCUACACUAACAAACAAUAAGGACCUUGUCGUCAAGAACGGGACUCCUCGUAUCCACGGCGGGACGCUCCGGGUUGGGUUGUCCCCGGUUCAGGGCUCAGAUAACAGGCUAUCAAGGUCCUCAGAUCUGCACGGCUCUGGAGUCUGGCCAACAAAAAUGGCAUCGACCCGGCCUGACGGGCUGAACGUGAUCGCGCUUGUCUCCGGUGGCAAGGACAGCUUUUUCUCGCUGCUGCACUGCCGGGCGAACGGACACCGCGUCGUCGCGCUCGCCAAUCUGCAUCCGGCACCACUACCGGUACCACACCGUCCACGCGCACACACACGUGGGUCUCCGGGCGAUGCCUCAGCUGCCCCAGCGGCUAGUGCCCCCGUCUCGACCUCGGGCGAGGGACAUGCUGGUGGGGUGCCUGGAAAUGAGGUGCUGCGCGAGGCAGAUGAAGAUGAGCGCGAUCUCAACAGCUUCAUGUACCAGACGGUGGGCCACGAGGUCAUAGCUCUUUAUGCCGAGGCCACGGGUCUUCCGCUGUACCGCCAAGCCAUCACUGGCAGUGCUACCCAGCACGGGAAGGAGUACUCUCACUACCAGCGUUCCUUGCGUUCCACCUCUUCUGACGACGGGGAGGGUCCUCUCGGACUCGGACCGGAAGACCCCGCUGCCGCCACCUCCCCCAAUGCAAGUGCCGAAGGGGCGGAAUGUCGUGCAGCAGCCGGUGGCGGCAUCGCACCGGAGGACCCUGACGAGACCGAGUCCAUGAUCCCGCUCCUCGAAGCGGUCAAAAAGGCACAUCCGGAAGCGAACGCAAUCUGCGCUGGUGCGAUUUUGAGCACGUACCAGCGCACACGCGUGGAAUCAGUAGCAACCCGCCUUGGACUGACUCCCCUCGCGUAUCUAUGGAAGUUCCCCGUGCUCCCCGCGCCGGGCUUGUCCGACCCCGACCCCGCGGCAAGGUCCGACGCCCAGCUCCUGGAUGACAUGGCCGCUGGGGGAAUGGAAGCCCGCAUCAUCAAAGUUGCCAGCGGCGGCCUGGACGAAUCGUUCCUGUGGACGAACGUCGCCAGUGCCGCCGGGAAGAGUAGGCUCGCCAGGGCUAUGCGGCGCUUCGGCACGGCCGAGACGGGCGCCGUAAUCGGCGAAGGGGGCGAGUUUGAGACGCUCGUAGUGGACGGGCCGCCGACCUUAUUCAAGAAGCGCAUCGUAGUGGCGGAAGAGGACCGGCGGGUGGUCAAGGAGGAUGGCGGGAGUGCCUGGCUGCGGCUCUGCAAUGCGAGCUUGCAAGAUAAGGGAGAGGAGUCUACCGUAGCGGGGAUGGAAAGCAGCGUCAGGAUUCCCGACUUGCUUGACCAGAAGUUUGUCGGCGUCUUGGGCAUGCUGGCCUCCGCCGAUGCUGGCGCCGCACCUCCUCGGAGGCUUUGGCCAGAGACGGAGGAAGAGGCGGGUAUUGUUCCCCGGCUGGCGACUUUGCAAGCGUCUACCUGCCAGAAGUUGCAGCCAUGGUGCUUCGCCAGCAGCAACAGGUCAGCUACCAUUGAAGAAGAAACGCAAUCCAUCGUCAAGCAAAUCCGCCAACGGCUUCGACAGCACUCGCUUCCGCCAUCCGCCAUUCUAAGCGCCACGGUGACCCUCCGUCGCAUGGCCGACUUCCCCAUCAUCAAUGGCAUCUACGGCACACUCUUCAACGCGCCCAACCCUCCUUCCAGGGUCACCAUCUCAUGCGGUGACGCUCUCUCGACGGCCACAGCGGGUGCGAAUAUCGCUGUCUACCUAACCGUCCACACUGCUCUCCCGCCUGCCGAGCGCCAGGGCUUGCACGUGCAGUCCCGCUCGUACUGGGCACCCGCCAACAUCGGGCCCUACAGCCAAGCCAUAUCCAUCCCCGUAGCGAGCCUCGGGCCCAAAGAAGAGCCGGACGUGCGUUCCCUCCCCUCCGGCCCGAGACUCGUCAGCAUUGCGGGCCAGAUCCCGCUCGUCCCCGCGACCAUGUCCCUCCCGGAGCGCGGUGACGACAGCGAAGAGGACGCGCUCAAGCUGCAGCUAACGCUCUCGCUGCAGCAUCUGUGGCGGAUCGGCGUCGAGAUGGGCGUGCAGUGGUGGACGAGCGCGGUGGCCUACUUCCCGAGAUGUGCCGUCUCCCCAUCUGCUUCUGACGAGGGCGGGACGAUGGUCCACAGGGCCCGACUAGCCUCUGCGGCGUGGAGGACAGCUCACCUGUCUUCCUCUUCUUCCGACUUCUCUCCUGACGGCGAGGAGGAGGAGGAGGAGGAGGAGGAUGAAGGCGGGCCAGACCUCUGGGAUAGGAGGUACAACCCGCAGUACAUGACCUACUCUUCGUUCGGCGGGGCGGAGAGCGGCAAAGUCAAGGCGCUGUUGCCCGACCGGUCUGUCCUUGCCCCCUUUCGCUCUGUGUCGACGGACCGUAGUGACGCAGUUCCGGUUGUGCCCCCGCUGUUCGUCGCCGAGGUGGACGAGCUUCCACGGGCAGCCGGGGUUGAGUGGCAUGCUCAUCUAGGCGUCGGGCACGCGGAGGAAGAGAGCGUUACGCUGCGGGAGCUGCACCCGUCCCCGCUGCCUGGUGGUGAGGAAGGGAAGACGGCGCUCAGCGUGUCACAGGUCAUUGUGCGGGAUGCGAAAGAAGCAGGGAGGGCGAGCUUUGUGCAGACGAUUGUGGCGGAACCUAUCCUCCGCGGUGUCGGGCAUUGCCAGCUGGUGCGGCAUGGGAUAGCAGCAAGGGAUGCUUUGACACAACUGGGGACGGUUGAUCUCGAGACUGGCGAGCCUGCUGCGCUGGUGAGGUAUGCGGAUGUCGAGCUGUUGGACGCGGGCCGGGAGGCAACAGGUACUGGCACUGGUACUGGUACUAGGACUGGUAUGGGUCCAGUGGUUCCGUGCAGGUCGCUGUGGGAUAGUCAGGGGCAGAGGCUUGCGGCUGUGACGGUGUACCAUAGUGUCUUUUGCUGAGAACGACUCAAAAAGAUCAAGAUGAAGAGAUAUCCAAUC